CCCUUGCCUCCGCCAUGUACUCCAUGGGAAGGCGGGCGAAUUUGAAAGAAGAGCAGAAUCGUUGAUAUCCUGUCAAUGUUUAUAUAAGAGACGGAUUUUUUUUUAUUACGUGUUUUUGUUUGAUAUUAUCCAAUACAACACGUUCAGAUAUCGACUCGUGUACGUUAAACACAGGUAGAGCUCUGUUAGCAUACAUGCAGUCUUGCUGUUGUUGUGAUUGUCGCAUUUUAAGUUUCUCGUGUGUUCGUAGUGUUAGCUUAACGCUAACGCUACUGCUUUCGUGUCUGGAUCUGGAUUGUCUUGCAAGAUGAGCAACAAAACUACUCGAUUAACUUCGAGGAAAAGCAGCGAGCAAAUCAGAAAGUCAAAUGGAAAGAGUCCAGCACGGCGGAGGUCCUGCAGAUUGUCUGCAAAUGACGAAAAUCUGGCCUCUAAAGUUGUGGCUCCACCUGUGGCUGUGAAACGCUCGAUCACUGUGAGGAAGAUUGCACCCAGGAAAACUCAGGCCCCGUCUGACAGUAACAAGGAGAAUGUGGAACGGUCAUCUGAAGUGCCAACAAAGCUCUCCAAAGUCUUGACAUCAUCCCCGGCGGUAGCAACAGCGCCCCAGACCGUGGUCCUCUCGCCCAUCCUGCCGCCUCAAUCUCCCUCUUCUCAGCCCGGAGAAGCACAGCCGGACCCCGUCUGGUCCCAAAAAGUGCGGCGCUCCUACAGUCGCCUGAGUGUGGGGGACAAGUCCUUUGAAAGCCCCAAAUGCCAGCCUGCACCUUCCUCUUCUCCCAACGGCCGCGAGACCCUGUUUGGUUUCGAGAGGCUGCAGACACCAGAGGUGAUGCGUAAAACGGAGAAAUCUCGAGUAGUUGCUUUAGGCUCUGCGUCCUUCUCCCUGGGGUCUUUCAACGCCUCCGCUGCUGAGGACAGUGCGUCACACCCUCCUGAAGUGGAUCCAAACAUCCCUGGUGUUUGUCUGGGGAAGAAGACCACCAGGAGGAAGCGUGUUCAACAGAUUAAGAUGUCAGAGUUGGAUUUUCUUGCUGCAAAGUUGAAUGCAGAGUUUGAGGAAGCGGAAAGUUUUGAUCUGUUUGUUGAAUGAAAUUUCAAAAAGAGCUUCACACGCUCUGGACAUUUUCAGGACACGUCAUGUUUUACAACUUCUAGGUUAAGUAUUUUUCAUUACGCUUCUUGUCAUCUGUAACUGCUUGCAAAAUCUUGAUUGAUUAACUAAAG